CCCCUUCCAUAGAGUAGGAGCUGCAAGAUGAGCUUAGGUCCCAAAACUGGAAAGGGGUCCUCUUUGAAUGGAGAGCACAGUAUUGCGGACUACACCGGUAACAUGAAAACCUUGCUUUUUGCCCUGUGUGCCUUGGUGCCCCUGCUCUGUCAUCCUGUCCAUGGAGCAUCUUACUUUGGGGACAGUUUCUGCAGAAUACAGUCAAUCCAAGAUGUGUCUUCCUUCCACCUGGCUCUGCAGUUUAAGACCAGUCGACGAAGUGGACUUUUGCUCAUGGCUGCAGGGAUGCAAGACUACAUGUUCCUAGAACUCCGCAAUGGGAAUCUACAGGUGAGAAUGGACAUGGGGACAGGAGAGGUGGCGCUGUCCGCUUCACCAGGGCUGCAGCUGAACAACCUCAUCGAGCACAAAGUGUCCAUCAAACUUCAGGAUUCCAAAUUGACCAUGAUGAUUGAUGACCUGUUCUCCACGUUCAUCCCUUUGGACGAAUCCAAUGAUGAACUCAAUGUUGAUUUAGGGAUUUGGCUGGGAGGCACAGGAGACUUGGACACACCCUACCUCAACAAUGCCAUUCCACCAUUUCGCGGUUGUAUUUCCCAUGUCAAUUUUGAGUCUCACCAAUUUGAUAUUCUUGAAGGUGUGCCAACAGACUGUCACGACACCAAGGAGUCUUGCAGCAGUGAGUUUGAGGCUGGUGAUGGGGAGGCCACCAGCUUCAUCAGCCCAGAUUCUUUUGUGUCCUUCCCUACCUGGAGUGGGGCUAGUGGGAGUCCACGCACUCUGGAGUUCCUCAUGAAAACCACCAUUGAAGAUGCCCUUUUGGCUUUUCACCCUGGACUAGAGUCUGAUUUCAUUGCUGUUGGUUUGGUCGCAGGCAACCUCAAGGGGGUGGUGGACCUCGGCAGGGGCAUGUUGGUACUGGACAACGCCAAAGUGCAGCUAGAUGACGAUCAAUGGCAUAGAGUUCGAAUUCAAAUUGACCAGAGUUUGUUUGAGAUUAACGUGGAUAGUCAGAUUGCUUCCCUCCCUAUAAAUGAAUCUGAGAGAUUAGAUUUAGUUGGUAAUCUAUAUUUGGGAGGUAUUCAGGGCAAGAUGAAGGAUGUUUUCAGGGAGGGGGGGUUCUUGGAUCGCAUGGAGGAGAUGGUAACAUCAGAAGCUUUUAUCGGAUGCUUAGGUGAAAUAAAAGUUAAUCAAAAGGAUAGAAGCCUGCAAGAUGCUCUUGUGACCAAGGACGUUCAUGUAAAAUGCGAAGGAGAGGACUACGACUACUCAAGUUAUUACGACGGUGAUGCAACCACAACCACAGCCCCUGUCAGGAUCCGAUACGUUCAUGUGGACCCCAAUGAAAGACACUGCCACCCAACAGACGACAUGCCUGAGGAAUACCAGAACAUCACUAAACUUCUUGAAAUCAACUCUUUGCUUGUGCCUGAGGGUGGGGAAGCUUUUUUAGAUGUUAACAACCUGAGCCCCACAUUUGACUUAAGUAACGUUGGACUCCAACAAUCUCAGAUCAUCUUCACUCUUAAGAGUGAUCCUUGGUAUGGACUGCUUGAUAUGAACACCAACAGUAGACGUACGAAGACGUUCACUCUCUGGGAUGUGGCCAACAAGAAAAUUAAGUAUCUCCAUGAUGGUAAUGAACAAUAUAGAGAUCAAAUCCAAUUAGAUGUCGUAGCUCAGAGCAACAGCUACCUCCCAGACUGCUUCAAAAGUCCCCAUCAGUAUGUCCUUCCAGUUGAUAUAAUUCCUGUCAAUGACAUACCUCAAUUUAGUGGAGAAGACAUUGCCAUCACCCAAAAUGGACGCACUCGCUUCAGUCCUAACCUUAUACACAUUUUAGAUUCAGACACUCGCUGUGAUGAUAUAACAGUAAGUAUAACUUCUGAACCUUCCAGAGAUGUGGGUUUCUUGGAAAAUGGACAGCAACCUGGGGUAAGCAUUAGUGAGUUUACUUGCAGGCAGUUAAAAGAUGGUAAUAUAUACUUUGUCCACCAAGGUGGUAGUGGAGCAGGAAUAACUCUGCAUGUAUCUGAUGGUCAAUCAAUAAGUCAAUCCACUUCUUUCAAGUUGACCAUCACACAACCCCAACUGAACCUUGUGACGAAUACAGGCCUUCUUUUGUCUCAAGGAGGCCACUCCACAAUAGGGUUAAAAAACUUGGCUGUCAUUGCUCAACCCCGUAAUGGAGAUAUAGUUUAUAAUGUCACACAGGCACUAAGAUAUGGAGAAUUGCAGAUUAUCACAAGCAAUGACGUGUAUAAAAAGGUGACAUCCUUUCACCACUCGGAUUUGGAGCAAGAUCGUCUUAGGUACGUUAGCACAGAUUUAUCGGAACAGGGCAGAAUUCAGAUUGAGGAAAUUCAAUUUGACAUUCAUCUUGGACAGUUCUCCAUGUGGAACAACACCUUCUUAGUCCAAAUCACCCCCUCACAAAUAGAAAUGUCCAAAAUGGUUCCCCUACAGCUGACAGGCAAGAAUCAGGUCAUAAAACACACCGAGCUACAGGCAGAGGUAAAAGGAAAGACUGUAGACUUUGAAUCUGUGAGAUAUGUCCUCGUCAAGGCCCCAAAAAUGGGUACUCUCCAACUGAUUGGCAGGGUGCUGAAUGAGGACGAUGGCUUCACCCAACAGGACAUCUGGAAUGGCCACAUCAGCUACAACCUCCAGGUGCAUGAAGCUGUUGACAGCCAGGACCAGUUCAAGUUUAAGAUCCUUGUCGAAAACCAGUACUCACCUGUGUAUACCUACCCAAUCCAAAUCCUUGCUGACUCUGACGUUCCAAUCAUGACAAAUGAAAGAUUGAUUGUUUUAGAAGGUGGGGAGAGUGUUCUGAACAGAGACCAUCUCUGGGUUCAGACAUCCAGCUCAACAUCCUUUGUUUACCGGGUGACACAAGGCCCCAAGCAUGGUCGACUCAUCAGGGAGGCCCCACAUGGACAGCCCAGGUUUGAAGGUGCAAUCAAAAUGUUCAGCAAUGAAGACCUUUUGCUUGACAGGCUAAUCUACAAACAUGAUGGCUCAGACAAAAGUGAUGAUGAGUUUCAUUUCUUCACAUUCAAACAGACUUCUGUCAUCCAAACAGAUGGUCCAGAAUCCGUGAGUGGAGUUUUCAGAAUAACCAUUCAGUCGAAGAAUGAUCAUGUUCCGAUCAGGGUUGUGGAUAAAACCUUCAACGUGGUCCGGAACGGCAAGCAUUUGUUGACUACUGAUGACAUUUUAUUUACAGAUGAAGACCCGGGUUUUAAUGACACCCAGCUGGUCUACGUUCGUGAGGGCAUCCUCUCAGGAUACAUAGUCUCAAACUCUGACCCAUCCCAGCCCCUCUUCCGUUUCACCCAAGCAGACCUGAGGGAGAAGAAUGUUCUGUUUUUGCACCAUGGAGCAGACCGUGAACGUUUCCAGCUUCAGGUGUCUGACGGCCUCCACAAGACCAGCGCUCUUUUCCAAAUCCAGGCGGGUGAGCCCUACUUGCAUGUGGUCAACAACAACAUGGUGGUCAUAAAUCAUGGUAGCACCAAGACCCUUGACACCUCACUUUUGAGUGCAGAGUCCAACAUGGACAUCAGAGAUGCCAGUGAGUUCCUCUAUCAGGUGAUAUCGCCCCCUACAGAUGGAAAGAUCAUAGUAAGCGGGAUUGAGGCUUCUCAGUUCACCCAAGAAGAUCUGAAAAAGGGUGUGGUGUCAUAUGAGCACAAUGAUGAGAGCACGAGAUCCAAUGACUCUUUUGGUUUCAUUGUGCAAGCUAAAGGUCAUUCUGAGGAAGGCACUUUUAGGAUACAGAUAUUCAAGCAAGGUUACGUGUCUGAACCUGAGGUCAUCAUCAAUGAGAUCCUCAUCUCCUACGAGGGAGAACACAGUGUGCUGGACCAGGAUCAUCUGAGGCUAGAGCAAGGCCAUCUCUCCCAGGCCAUCCUGCCUGAACACAUGGUUUUUAGCAUCAAGGACCCUCCUCGCCUUGGUCACGUGGUCAAGCUGACUAACGACUCAGACAGCACAGCUUCCCCAGUCUUGGACUACAUUGAUUCCUUUACCCAGGAGGACAUCAACAGGGGGAUCAUUCUUUAUGUGUCUGCAUCUGUUCAGGGCAGUGAUGCCUUCACGGUGGACGUCAGUAAUGGUUUCGCCACAGUAGAAGACCUGCAAGUGAAGAUAGACAUUGUGCCUCGGCUCAUCCCUGUCCAGACCGCCAACUUCACUGUGAAGGAAGGUGGUGGGAAGGCUAUUUCCACGGAUCUUGUCAAUAUCUCACACCCCUUCUACAGUUCAGCUAAUGUGGAGUUCAUUGUGGAAGAGCCACCUCUGCAUGGAAAUAUUCGUUACCAUGGUGGAGAUGAGCAAGACCUCAACUUCUUCACCUGGGAAGAGGUGAAGCUUGGCCAUGUCUACUAUAUGCAUGACAGCUCAGAGAGUGGUGAGGACAGUUUCACCCUCUCCGCCUCAGUCUAUGAGAUUGAGCGUCGCAGUAUUCCCUUUACCCUCGCCGUGACUGUCAUCCCGGUUAAUGACGAGCCACCCAGACUAACACGAAACACUGGACUGGAGCUCCUGGCUGGAGAGGAGGCAGACAUCACACCUAACAUGUUGAACACUAAAGAUGCAGAUACCCCUGCAGAAGACUUGGUAUAUUCUGUUGAGUCCCCAACCAAUGGAAAAGUAGCCCUGAAAGAAUCCCCUGAAGAAAGCCUCCUAAACUUUACACAGGCUCAAAUUACUAAUGGAGAGGUGAUUUUCCUCCACGAAGGGCUGGAUUCCGGAGGCUUCAGUUUCACCGUGACAGAUGGAGAGCACACGUCACCACUCUACCGCUUCGUCGUCACGGCAAGAGAGCGCACCAUCACCAUGGAAACACAGGAGGAGCUGAUGGUAUUUCCAGGAACAAGACAACUUAUCUCCAGCGCCAAUCUGGGGGCAGUGACCAACGAGGACGGACAUGAGAUCAGCUACUCUCUCAUACGGCCGCCUCGUCUAGGAAGACUCAUCAUAGCAAAGGACAAGAAUCUGUUUGAGGAGAUUAACCACUUUUCUCAAACAGAGUUGGAGGCAGGUGCUGUGUUCUAUGAGCACCAGAUGCCUGAGGAACCCUUCUGGGUGGUGAGAGACUCCAUCAUGCUCCUCCUGUCCUCGCCACCAGCCCCGGCGGUCCAUCAUGUCCUCCCCAUCACCGUCUCCUACUAUGCAGCUAACCGCAAUGUCUCCUCACAGCUCUGGAGGAACAAAGGUCUGGAAAUUGUGCAAGGUCAGAGGAAAGCCAUUGACAGUACCAUCUUGGAUGCCUCCAACCUGCUGGCAACCUUAUCAGAGUCAGAACGGGUGGAUAUGGAUGUGAUGUUUGAGGUUCACCGCUUCCCAGCCCAUGGACAAAUUACGCUGGGAGGUCUGGAUCUGCCCAGAGACACCCCAUAUUUCAUGCAGGAAGAUGUUAUGCAGGGUGACGUGGAAUAUGCCCAUGAUGACUCUGGAGCCUCUUUUGACAGCUUUGGAUUCCGAGUGCGUUUGAAUUCCCAGGGUCAUAGCGUGCCGCUGCCUGCUCAGUCAGUGGUCCUUGAAGAAAUCUUCAACAUCUCCAUCCGCCGCCGUGACUCCAGUCCCCCUGAGCUGCUCACUUUGGACAUGCUCUUGGAGGUUCUCCAAGGUUCCAUGACCAUCCUCACACAGAAACACCUCAACACCAGGGAUGAGGACAGUACCCCCGAUGAGGUGCUCUUCACCGUCACUAAAGCCCCGACCAACGGGCAGCUGUUGGAUACGCAGGUGAUGGAUCCCAUCUCGGAGUUCACCCAGGAUGCAGUAAACAAGGGUCAAGUUGGAUUUGCCAGUGAUGGCAGCCUGGUUGAUGGUUUCAUGGAGUUUACAGUGUCAGACGGGAAACACCGCACAGAGUCUUACACGCUUCACAUCGGCGUGCUGGCACGGAAGCUAGUUCUGGCCAAAGCUCUAGAGAUCCAGGUAAAGCAGGGAGAUGAUGAGACACUGGUGACACAGGACAUGCUUAAGGCUACCACGGGAGGUCCAAUCGAGGAGGACAUCCUCUACAAGAUCACCAACGUCCCAAAGUUUGCUGCUGUUAUGGUGGAUCGCCAACCCACUUCUGCCUUCACCCAAACACAGAUCAACGAAGGACGCGUUAGUGUUCGUUUCAUCAAGUCAACGUCACCACGAGACAGUGUGGCCUUUGUGGUCAGGAGUCGAGCAGCCAAUGUCUCGUCUGUCCUCAACAUCACAGUCAAACCACUUGUCAACAUUGCCCAGAAUCCUCUCAUACCGCGCGGUGCCACUGUUCAACUGGACAGGAAGCUGCUGGAUGCUACAGCUCUGGCCAAUAAGACCAGGUCGUCCCCGACGUUCAGCGUCAUCCAGCAUCCUCGAGGGGCUCGUUUUGUGAGGGCUGGAGGGUCUGGAGACGGCCAGCCUGGAGGGUCUGGAGACGGCCAGCCUGUCGACAUGUUCACCCAGAAGGAGCUGGACGAGGGUCGGGUGGCUCUGGAGAUCCUGAACAGCACGGAGAGAUCACAAGGUGGUGUAGAUCAGGACGAGGCUCAUUUCCUCCUCAAGGCCUAUGGGGUCCCUCCUGCUGAAUGUGUCUUGUCGUUCAGAACCUCGCCCUACAACGCCUCAGGGGUAUACCCUGUCACACUCCUUAGAGUCCCUCCAGAGUCCAAUUGGAUUGACAGCAAUGACCUCCCCGGUGGAUAUCCACUCACCACUGCCCCAGGCCCCCGAUGGAGGGGGAACAUGGACUGGCCCCACGGAGACAGCCUCACCACUGCCUCUGCUGACUCUGCCUCACACAGGAAACCAGUUCUGUCACGUCGAAACAACCUCUGGUCCAUCCUCAUCCCCAUCCUGGUCAUCCUUCUCCUGCUCCUCGCAGCGAUGUGUGCGUACUACUUAGUGCGUCGCAACAAGACUGGCAAGCACAACGUACAGAUGGUGGCGACCUCCAAGCCCAAAAAUGGAGAGGUCAGUACUCAGGAGACUUUUAGGAAAACUGACCCAGCGAACAGCAUUCCUCUGUCCAACAUGGACUCCAAAGAUGCAGAUCCAGAGUUACUGCAGCACUGUCGGACAACAGACCCGGCCAUGAAAAAGAACCAGUACUGGGUAUGAAAGCCCAACGCCUAAACAGGAAGUGGUACAUCCUAGUAGUGUUUGGAAUGUGUCCCUAAAGCAUUCCCCUUCAGUAUUAAAAGACCUCUUGCCUCAGUAUUAUUAAGAAAUUGGGUGUAUGUUUUGAAAAUAGUGGUCAUUUGUAUUAUUGCAAAUUAUUGGUGUGCUAAACCUCAGGUCUUAAAACACUGUAUCACGAUAUUGGCAAACAAGAGGCAGGCCAUUGAAUCCAAGUGUUUCUCCUUGUCUAUUUAUUGUAGGAAACCUGUCUGGCAUUUCUUGUCAUUUUCACAGUGCACAAAUAAGGACAUAAACAUGUUAAAUGUUUGCAAAAGUAUGGUGUGUGCUCUUAAAACGUAUUCUGUAUUCUAUUAUAUGCCCGUAUUCAUUCUGUGCAGACAUAUAAGGGUCAAAGGUUUAGCAGCUUAUUAGUAGUUUUGAUUCAAAUAAAGUGAAUAUGUUUGUACAUAAUUCAGCUCAUUGAGGGUUAUCCAUGUGUUACAUGUGCUAUCCAUUUCUUUUUGUUAUCUUCAUAACUCUUCAGCCGAGACUUUGUCAAAUUUGCUGUAUUUAUACAAUAUUAUGUAAACUUUCUACCAGCAGAGAAAAUCGAAAAUGCUCUAGAACUUCAAUGUAGUCAUGUAGCCAUGUGCUUUCAUUCAAAACUCUUUUAAAUUCAUGAAAUAAUUUGUAAAUAUAUAGCAUUUGCAAAUUAUGAUAAUAUUUUUACCACUUUUACAUACUUUUGGUGUAUUCAUGCAAAACUGCUUGCUUUGAAUCACUGGACUGACUUCUGGCACUGACUGAAGAUGACAUGUUAGCCCUGGCAGCACAGCGGCUACCUUCACAGCCUGUGUGGACCGGCAUCAGCAGUAAGGUCAUUCAACACUGUUAAAGUAAAAGGUUUCAUAAUUAAGAUUUUAUAAAUGCAAUGGCUUACGGUUUGCUUGAGAAGAAAGCACAGAUAUUUCUACAGACAUUCAAAAAACUGCUUGACUGGUUUUAAGUGGUGCACUUGUUACAUUACCUACAGUUUUGCAUUCUGACUUUUUAGUCAUGAUAUAGUAUUGCGCUCCAUGUUUCAAUUUGAAUGAGAAAAGUAAAACGGUACAUUCUACACUUUUACAGGAUAUGUUUAUAGAUGAUCAAUAAUUGAAAAGCUGUACCCUUAACAAUUUACAGUUAAUAUUUUCUAGAUUACACGGCUUUUGGGGAACCUUGAAGAGAAUGUUAGAACCAAUUUGUAUGUUCAUGUGAGCUCAAAUAAACUUGCUCCACUCAA